AUGAAUAUUGUCGAGGAAUAUUUUUGGCAAGCUGAUAUGGCUUUUCAAAGUAAUCGUCUAAAUGAAUCAUGUCAAUAUAUUUGCCAAGCGAUUGAACAUCUCGAUCAGCCGAAAUUAACUUUAGAACAGUUAGAAUUGCUUUGGACAGUAAUUCCAAAAGUGAUUACUCAUCAUACAAGAUCUAUUGAGCGUCUUGUUCAUCAUCAUCAAAGUAUGCCGAUUGAAACGGAAGAAGAUCAAGCUGAUCGUUGUUGGAAAUUUAUUCAUUGUUUUGAUGAAAAUCUUAUUCAAGGGAAGAAUGAUAUCGAUCAUAUACAUCUUCAUCGUCUUCAAGCUGAUCUUUAUCUUCAAUUAUCCUAUGUGUCUCGACAAUGA